GUUGGGUCAGGCAAGUCGGCGUUGCUGCUGGCGAUUCUGGGCGAGAUGCAGCUCGAUGAGCGGAAGUAGCACGCGAUUUGGGUCAGUUGCAUACGUAGAUCAGCAAGCAUGGCUCAUGAAUGGAACGCUCCGCGAUAAUAUACUGUUUGGACGGCCUUUUGACAAGCAGUACUAUGACGAGGUCCUGAAUGCCUGCGCACUGAGCAGCGAUAUAGAGCGGAUGCCCAACGCCGACAUGACCGAGAUCACCAACCAGGGCACCAAUUUGUCUGGCGGACAGCGCACACGGCUGUCGCUGGCAAGGGCCCUAUACUCACAAGCAGACAUUUACUUGUUUGACAGGUAUCUUUGCAGCAGUUGAUGCCAAGGUGGCCAAGCAUAUCUGGCAGAGCGUGCUAUCGGAGAAAGGGUUGCUUCAGAGCCGAACCCGGAUACUGGUUUCUGAUACGGCAAACCAAGGAGCCUUAUUGCUAUGACAAGAUCAUCGAGGAUCAUUAAUGGCACUGCGCUACUCAGGCGAGCCGAUAUACGGCAGUGGGCGAAGGCCGAGCUCCAGAAUUUCGGUACUCCGAGCAGUGGUGAGCUGCGGGAGGCUGAUAAGAAGCCGCUGUCCAUUAGUCCAGGCACUAGCAAUGCAGUCGACAAACGGGCGCAAAUAAAGGUCAAGGAAUCGAAGGACCUUAUCGUCGAGUCUGGGCGUAGAGAGGCGAUAGAAUAUUACAUCCGAGAAUUCGGGGUCGUUUGGACUCGUUUCGGCGGCUAUAUUUGGGCUUGUUCUCGUGUACUCAGAGCUUCUGAUGCGCGAAAACUGGAGACAGUAUCUACACAGCGAGGAUCCAGACCAAGGGAUGGACAAACUGAUGCUGCUGGCGUUCAUUGGGCUACAGCAUGCGCUAUAUGCAAACAUCUUGCAGGGGGUGCGGUUUGUGAUUCGGGAGGGGCUGUACAUACUACCACUGCGCACACGCAUCCAGGCAAGCAUCCUCAAGGGAAUGGCUAAGGCUAAAGUGUCGGAGUACUGGAAGGGCAGCACCUACCGGUUCAUUUCGAUAACGCGUAGCUCCGAACGUGCAAUUCCAGAGGGUAUCCCUGGGGCUGUAGAGGACGAUCGUGGUCUCCCUGGGCAGUGUGCUGUUCACGGCUGUUGGGGUAUUCAGCAUAUCCCCAUGGCGACAGCGAUGGUCGUGUGCAUUGGUGCAGUGGUUGCGUAUACACAACUUCCCAAGAGGAACAUCCUUCAGCCGCUAGGUACAGCUGCGUUUCAGAUGAAGCAGGAGCAGG